UAUAAAAUGACCAUGCUGCUGCAGAGGCUCGCCCUGUGUUCAAAGAUCCCCUUGGAUUCACCAAGACCCUUAAGCCAGCUGCUCUCCAGUCCACUGACACAAGGCAAGCAAUCCAGCGCUUUAUCUGGCAGGGCCCACAGCAGCUCCUUUGCACACCGCAGUGAACUGCGUCAGGCCAAGAGGAUCGUAGUCAAGCUCGGCAGUGCCGUUGUCACACGUGGCGAUGAGUGUGGCUUGGCUCUUGGGAGGCUGGCCUCAAUUGUGGAGCAGGUGGCUAUGCUACAGAAUCAAGGCAGGGAGAUGAUGAUUGUCACCAGUGGAGCUGUGGCCUUUGGCAAGCAAAGACUGAGACAUGAGAUCCUGCUGUCCCAGAGUGUUCGGCAGGCCCUGCACUCCGGACACAAUCAACUCAAAGACAUGUCUUUGCCAGUGCUAGAGGCCCGAGCCUGUGCCGCAGCUGGACAGAGUGGCCUGAUGGCCCUGUAUGAGGCCAUGUUUACCCAGUACAGCACUUGUACUGCACAGGUCCUGGUGACAAAUCUGGAUUUCCACGAUGACCAAAAGAGGCAGAACCUGAACAGCACACUGCAGGAGCUCUUGCGCAUGAACAUUGUGCCAAUCAUCAACACCAAUGAUGCCGUGGUGCCCCCUCCGGAGCCCAACAGCGACCUGCAGGGGGUAAAUGUGAUCAGCAUCAAGGACAAUGACAGCCUGGCAGCACGGCUAGCUGUGGAGAUGAAGGCUGACCUGCUCGUCGCACUCUCUGAUGUGGAGGGACUAUACAACAGCCCCCCUGGAACAGAUGAUGCCAAGCUUAUUGACAUCUUCUACCCUGGAGACCAGCAGUCCAUCACUUAUGGUACAAAGUCUAGAGUUGGGAUUGGAGGCAUGGAGGCCAAGGUCAAAGCUGCCCUUUGGGCAUUGCAAGGUGGCACUUCAGUGGUCAUUGCAAAUGGCACCAAUCCCAAGGUAACAGGCCAUGUCAUCACUGACAUUGUGGAGGGCAAGAAAGUGGGAACCUUCUUCUCUGAAAUCAAACCUGCUGGUCCAUCUGUGGAGGAACAGACAGAAAUGGCACGUAGUUUUGGAAGAACCCUUGCAUCUCUGCAUCCAGUCCAGAGGAGUGAGAUCAUCUGCCAUCUAGCAGACCUGCUGACUGAAAGGAAGGAAGACAUUCUGGCUGCAAACAAGAUGGACAUGGACCUGGCUGUCAGUGCGGGACAUUUGCCUCCAGCCAUGCUGAAGCGGCUCAGCCUGUCACCAGCCAAACUUAACAGCUUGGCAGUAGGUCUGCGCCAGAUAGCCGUGGCAGCCCAGGACAGCGUGGGUCGAGUGGUGCGCAGGACCAGAGUGGCUCAUGACUUGGAGCUGGAGCAGAUUACUGUACCCAUCGGGGUUCUUCUGGUCAUCUUUGAGGCCCGACCUGAUUGCCUGCCCCAGGUAUCGGCCUUGGCAAUAGCCAGUGGCAAUGCUCUGCUGCUGAAGGGAGGCAAAGAGGCAGCCAACACUAACCGUGUCCUGCACCAGCUCACCCAGGAAGCCCUUUCCAUGCAUGGAAUCAGGGAGGCAGUACAGAUGGUGAGCACCCGUGAAGAAGUGGAGGAUCUGUGCCGACUGGACAAGAUGAUCGACUUGAUCAUCCCCCGAGGUUCAUCCCAGCUGGUGCGGGCCAUUCAGCAAGCGGCCAAGGGCAUUCCAGUGCUGGGUCACAGUGAGGGAAUCUGCCACGUCUAUGUUGACGCAGAUGCCAGUGUUGACAAAGUCAUAAAAAUCGUUAGAGACUCGAAGUGUGGCUACCCAGCUGCAUGCAAUGCCAUGGAAACUCUGCUGAUUCACCGGGACAUCCUCAGGACCCCUAUGUUUGACCAAAUAAUUGACAUGCUUCGCAAUGAACAGGUGAAGAUUCAUGCAGGUCCUCGGUUUGCCUCCUACCUAACAUUCAGCCCCUCAGAGGUGACGUCUAUGCGGACAGAGUAUGGUGACCUGGAGUGCUGCAUGGAGGUGGUGGACAGCAUGGAGGAGGCUGUGGAGCACAUGCAUAAAUAUGGCAGCUCCCACACAGAUGUUAUAAUCACGGAAAAUGAGGACACAGCAGAGAAGUUUCUUCAGCAGCUGGACAGUGCCUGCGUUUUCUGGAAUGCUAGUUCACGUUUUGCAGAUGGCUACCGGUUUGGACUGGGAGCAGAGGUAGGUAUUAGCACAGCUCGUAUCCAUGCCCGAGGCCCUGUAGGCCUGGAGGGCUUGCUCACAACCAAGUGGGUCUUGAGAGGUGAUGGACACACAGUAGCUGACUUCUCGGAGCAUGGUACCAUGAAGUACCUCCAUGAAAACCUGCCUGUCGGGCAGCCUUUAGCUGGACAGAGGGACAGCAACUAGGCCAGAGAAUUUGACAGCAUUCCUUUGGUCUUAUUGCAAACAUUGUUUGCAUCACGAUCCAGAAGCUCCUUAGGGUUUUGCUCAAGAUGACGGCUGACUGUUUUCAUUAUCUUCAACCUUUGAAGCACACAGCUGCUCAGUACAGCAAUGGUUUAUUUUAUUAGCACAUUAAAAAAGACGCCCCUAUUCACUUUAUUCUCUUAUUCAAAGACUAAUGGUCUAAAAACAUUCUACCUCAACUUAUGACAUGAAUGAGUUGGGUAAGUCACUGUAGCAGACUCCUGUAGGAGGCAGUGGGCCUAAUUAAUAAGCAAUGCAUAACCCUGUGUUUAAACCAUGCAUGAAAAGACUUCACACACAAAUUAAGAUUCAUCCAUAUUUUCUCAUCUGAAUUUGUACUCGGCAAACAAAUUUUAGGAAUGGCAUCUUUUAAUUAAAUUAAUCUUUUAAAGGUUUUGUUAGCGAAUAAUAUUAAAACUGUGGAUUUACUUACA